CUCAUCCAAUCAUUUUAUCUCUCUCUCUUUCUCUCCGAUUUCCAUUGUUAAACGAAAAAAAAAAAAAAAAAACUAACGAGAAAAACCGAAAGAUCUCUCAAUAACAAUCACAUAAAUCCUUUGCUUUUUUCAAGAACAAAGAAAAAUGUCAGUUACCGUUCUGGAAAACCAAAGAAACGAAAGUUUCUGUAAAAAAGAUGACAUGGUUGGGUUGAGUUUCCUUCAGUCUAUGUCCGAUAUAACUGCCAUUGUCCAAAACAAAGAGGAUAAAGCAUAUGUUCACCCCAUCGAGAAACGCUCUGUUUCUAAACUGAAUGAGAAGAGCUUAGAGAUGUGCACUGAGAGCCUUGGGACCGAAACAGGAAGCGAGAGUGGUGACGAGUUGUCAUUACUUGCGUUGGAAGCAACCACCAUUCCUAGGGUUCCUUCUCCUCAGCCGAGACGCCGAGAGCAUGAAGACACUAACUUGCAGGCCAGGAAAUCAACGAUGAGUCGCAACAACAGCUUCCCGCCGCCGAUAAAGUUCGUUGAAGAUUCGAAGUAUAAUCGUAUGGUGAGAUGGUUGGGAGAAGAUGGUCGACUUGUGGUUCAAGCAAGUAGGGUUCCGUCUCCUCCUCGUUGCUUUGUAGCAGAACGUGGUGAAGGAAGGCUUCGUCUCUGCUUAUCAUCAGAAGGCAAUUCUCUACUUAGGCACAACCAUGCAGAAGAAAAAGAGCAAGACGAAGAAACAGAGGAGGGCGUCGAUGAGGAGGAGAACUGCAGUGAGAACUUGGAGGGUCAAAAUGGAAACAAGAAGUUUAGCAGAUUAAGCAGCAGAUGCAAGGAGGAGAAUGGUCGUGAGCCUAAACCAAUGCUUACUUGGAAGCAGCAGCAGUUUUGGGUCGCCACUUAAGACUUAACUCGAAUUAAAAUCGUUUAAAUGUGGGUUUUAUGUUAGUUAUAUAUUAUAAUAUAGUAGUUAUAACUUAUAAGUUAUAUUCUUGUCUUUUUCUAAUUUUUAGUAUGAUUUCUCGAGGGGAAUGUGGAGUGUUUUCUAUUUCUGUUUAAUGUAAUGUUAAAUAGGAAUUAUAUAUUAUUGUUAUA